AUGUCCGCCCCAGCAAGACGCUCCAUCGCGCGCCUCUCCGGCGCCGCCGCGCAACAAGCUACCUCUACCACUUUCGGCUCGACCACCCCCGUUACUCUCACCAGCGCGAGCCUGCGCAAAGCUGCUGCUACCGCUCAACAAGCCCAAGCCCAAGCCCAAGCGCAGCAACAAGGUCCGACGCAGCAAAGAGCUUUCUCGACUUCGACCGCAACCGCUCCCGUGCGCCCGAAAGUUACUGGACCGGUAGCUGUGACGACGUGGACGGCUAGAGCCAAGGAAGCUGUGGAGAGGAGCAGGGCUAGGGCGUAUUCCCAGGGUGUUGAGGGGGGAGAGGGAGGAGAAAAUAAGAUUUGGGGGUUUGAGGAUAUGCAAAAAUUGAUCGAAGAUCCCAAGAAGGAAGUUGUUAUUGUUGACGCCCGCGAACCAGGCGAACUCAUCCAAACGGGCCACAUUCCCGGCGCAAUUAACAUCCCCAUCACCACCUCCCCGGAUUCCUUCUUCAUUUCCGAAGACGAAUUCGAGGACCGUUUCGGUUUCCCGCGCCCCUCUAAGGACAGCGAGGUAGUCUUUUACUGUAAGGCGGGCGUGCGCAGCCGAGGCGCGGCGGGACUCGCGAGAGAGGCUGGGUGGGAGAAGGUCGGGGAGUAUCCUGGGAGUUGGCUGGAUUGGGCUGCUAAGGGGGGAAGGUUGAGCAUUAGAGUGGAGGGUUAG